AUGGAGUAUGAUUCGACCUAUCAGCAGAUCUGUUCAAUGCGAACGGUGCAGUCGGAAAAGAAGGGGUUCUUCAAUGAGUUCUAUUUGGACGUUAAGGAGAGUUGUGGCGAUAAGUGGUUAAAAAACUGCUUUGGUCAGCUGAAAUCGAAUGCGGCGCGUGUCCUCUCCAUUUUCAGUGAUCGCGAGGUAUGCGAUCCGGUGCUGGGUGUAUUGGAGCAUGUCCAGCCAGUCUUCAAGCAGAAGGAGGCACUCUUUGCUGCCCAACGCCGCGCCCAGGCCGACAAAUACCAUCUGCUGAGCUUGAGCGCUGUGGGGGACCUGGAACGCAAGGAUUUGCUGCAGCAGGCACUGAUGCAUGCCAAUCUGUCGGUGAUGCGGGCACCAGCACGAGAUGUGGAUGCAAGCAUAGAUGAUGGCUUAACGCUGGCGUUGGCCUAUCGUUCAAGGGCGGGGAUCCUGAUAGCGCUGGGUGAGGGCGAGGCAGCGCUCAAUGAUCUCAAGUUGGCUGCCAAUUAUGGUGUGGAGUCAAAGAGCGUGGAUUAUUAUUGCAAAAUGGCCAAAGCCUAUGCGGCCAUGGGUGAGGAGAAGCGUGCAGAUAUUUCCCUAAAGAUUGCGGAGAAGCUGGCUGGCGCCGAUACGGGCCACAUAGUGGCCUGCCGGCAGGAGCUGUCCACGAUUACUCCGACCACGUUGGAUCCUGAGGCGAAGACGCCGCAACUCACGCACGGCGAGAAUACAGAGCUUCGUGGUGCGGCCAAUGUAGUGAAGCUGGUGGAGACCAAAGAGAAAGGACGCUUCGUGGUAGCCAGUGAUUGCCUGAAGACAGGCGAUGUGCUGCUUUGCGAAAACCCGGUGGCCGCCUGCCUCGCACCUAUUUUCUUUGGCAGUCACUGCCAUCAUUGCUUCAAGCGACUACGCACGCCGGUCUGCUGUCUGCACUGUUCCGGCAUCGCCUUCUGCUCCGCUCAGUGCAUGGGCGAGGCGUGUGACAGCUACCACCGAUUCGAGUGCGAGUUCAUGGAUCUGUUGAUUGGCUCGGGCAUGUCCAUAUUGUGUUUUAUAGCGUUGCGCAUCUUUACGCAGGCCACCAAUUUGGAGCAAGGCCUGGCUACGGCCAAUUCGUUGUUCGAGAAUUUGUGCUCGCACGAGGAUCAGCGGCAGGCGGAUGACUAUCUGCAGCGUUCGCUGAUGGCAGCCUUUCUGCUGCGCAUCUUGCAGAAGGCGCUGUACUUUGGCAGACGCAAGACGGAGGGUGUCAAUCCCACGGCUGUGGAGCUGCAGGUGGCAACGUCGCUGCUGGGUCUGCUGCAGGUGCUUCAGUUCAAUGCCCAUGAGAUUUAUGAGACGAUGGUGACGGAGGAGCAUCGCUUCGAGGGCAGCAAGGUGGUGUUUGUUGGGGCUGGCCUUUAUGGCACUGCUUCCUAUUUCAAUCACGAGUGCUGGCCCAGCGUUGCGGCCUAUUUUGUGGGCAAACGUUUGGUGCUGACAGCGACAAAGCCGCAUCGCCCCAACGAGAUUGUGGCCGUCAACUAUGGGCCCUUGUUCACGAAAGUCAAUCUGAAGGAACGUCAGCGCAACUUGCGUGGACGCUACAUGUUUAGCUGUACCUGUAUGGCCUGCCAGGAGAACUGGCCGCUGCUGCAGAAGCUGGACAAGCAGGUCCGGUUCUGGUGCACUUCGGCCAAUUGCGUAUAUUUGCUCAAAUUUCCCAAGGAUCUGAGCAAGGAUGUGCGCUGUCCACGCUGCCGAAAGAAUAUCUCAUUGAAAGAGAGCGUGGCCAAGCUCAUUAAAGUCGAGGAACUCUAUCGCGAGGCAGCACAGGCCAUGCAGGAUCAGAAAACAGUUCAGGCCAUUGAACUUUUCAAGGAAGCCAUCGAUGUAUUCUUCCAAAUAGCAGGUUUGCCCCAUAAGGACACGCUUAUUGCACAGCAAUCGCUGCUAAAGUGCCUGGCCGAUACGGGCACCACAUUCAAGAAAUAAUCGUCUGCGACAUUUAGAGCCUCUUUUAUUGUAAUGUAAAUAAAUUUGUACUGAAUUAUAACAACGUAAAUGCGAUUUAACAAUCA